UACGCUUAUGUCAGUGACAGUCGAGUGGCACUUGGCGUUCGAAAUUCGUACUUUUAUUCGCGGUGGUCAAUUUCAUUGAAAAGAAAAACGAAAAAGCAAAAACAUACAAAUUACUCAUCGAUGUAGUAUGUUUUAAUUCAUAUUAAAUACUGCACCGUAGCUGUAAGCUCUAAAUUAAACUAGGUGCACGUAUAAAAACUCGUCGAUUAGUUAUCGUCGAUCACGAUCGACCUGGUCGACUGAACUCACAGGAUGGCUCUUCCACCGGCACCCGGUAUGGAUCCAUGGAUCGUACAGCCCAGGGAAAGAGCAAUGUACCGUGAUCAGUUUGAGGCUCUAAAACCCAUCGGAGGGGUUGUAACGGGUGAACAAGCCAAAGGAUUUCUUCUGCGAUCACAACUGCCACCUGCCAUACUUGGACAAAUAUGGGGACUUUCAGACACCGACGCAGAUGGAAAAAUGGAUAUCAACGAAUUCAGUAUAGCUUGUAAACUUAUACAUCUCAAAUUACGGGGACUGGAAAUACCCAAAAGUCUUCCACCAACUUUAGUCCAGAGCUUGAAAGCAAUCGCAGCAAAUGAAGCAGCACUAACAAACGGGAGUGGAUUACAAAACCAAGGAGGUUUAGGAUCUUUGGUGAACCUAGGGAACGCUUUGCCAGCUCAACCUCUGGCAAGUUCAUCACCGAGGCCUCUAAUAGGCGGAAUACCCAAUCAGCCCCCUCAGCCGGCAAGACCAGUGCCACCAAUGCAAAUUCCUCUGGCUUCGUCACAAUAUAGACAGAGCGCGACAGCUACAAACACAUCGUCAAAGCCACCCGCUCGCCCUGCACCCCCUUUUAUGGGAAACACGAAUUCCCCAGCUGUUGUCGCUGCUCCACCUCAACGACCCGCACCGCCGGGAAAUAUUGGGGCUUCGUUUGUCGCGACGAGUGGCGGACCGCCGCCAAAACCGGCGCCCCCUUCAUUCCCGAACAGCCCGGUAGCCGGGAGUGGCGCUCCAGUUGGGCCGGCUCAACCGAUAACUUUGACAUCGACGAUGGAUUUGCUCGAUCUUGCCUUCUCCGAAGGGGUCCAGCCGAUCGCACCGGUCGCUCCGUUGAACACGAAUCCUACGCCGAUCGCAGCUUUCGGCAUGGGACAUCCGGCUGCUCCCGUGCCAGUGAUGCAACCUUUUGCUGGAAGCGUCGUCCCUCCCAUCGCUGCAGUGCCCGGAGUCGUGCCGUCGAUUCCAGCGAUUCCAGUCAUUCCACCGACAAAUGGAAUAGCGCCGAUGGGAGCAGUACCAUUGAAUCAGGUAGCGGCGGCGAAUGGUGGAAUAAGCAUGAAUACUCCAGUAUCGACGAGUUCGCCACUGAGCACAACGGCACGACCGCCCAGUAUAGAUCGAGUAGGAUCGAUAGAUUCGCAACACAGUCAGCAUUCCCAACAUUCGAUGGGUUCGCCUCAGGCUUUGGAGUGGUCGGUGCCGCAUCAGACCAAGUUGAAAUAUACGCAGCUUUUCAACACGUGGGACAGAACGAGAUCGGGUUAUCUGUCGGGUCCGCAAGCGAGGAACAUAAUGGUACAGUCACAAUUAUCUCAGGCGAUACUGGCGCAGAUAUGGGCCUUGUCGGACAUGGAUUCCGACGGUCGUCUCGGUUGCGAGGAGUUUGUAUUAGCGAUGCAUUUGUGUGACAUGGCAAAAGCGGGUGAAACGAUACCGGCGGCUUUGCCGGUCGAUUUGGUCCCGCCGACGUUUCGUCGCCAGCGUCAGAGCAGCGUUUCUUCUCAAGGAAUGCCGGAAAGCAUUGAUCCUUUGGCGGGAAUGCCGCAGACCUCGUUCGAGGAUAAGAGAAAAGAAAACUUUGAAAAGGGUCAAGCCGAGUUGGAGCGUCGCCGGAAAGCACUUUUGGAAAUCCAGCAAAAAGAGCAGGCCGAAAGAGAGCGCAAGGAACGAGAUGAAGCGGAGAAACAGGAGAAAAUACGAUUGGAACAGGAGCGUCGUAGACAGGCGGAAAUCGAGAAGCAGAUGUUGCGUCAACGGGAAAUCGAACAGGAGAAAGAAGAACAGCGCAAACGUGCUCAAGAGCAGAGAGAAGCGGCGCGCAAGGAGAUGGAGAGGCAACGACAGCUUGAGUGGGAAACUCAAAAGUCCCAAGAAUUGCAGGAUCAACGACAAAAAGAACAAGACAUACUGCUCAAAUUGAAAGCGAAAAAUUUGUCGCUGGGCAUUGAGCUCGGCACUCUGAACGACAAAGUCAAAGAACUUUCACAAAAAAUUUGCGAUACGAGAGUCGGCGUUUCCGGAGUCAAAACAACGAUAGACGGAAUGCGCUCAACCCGGGAUACUCAACUCCAAGACAUGGCAGCCCUUAAGAAUAAACUUCGCGAACAAAAUCAGCGGCUCCUUGCCCUGAGUCAGGAGAAAGCGAGAAUCGAAGCGAAAAAUAAAAUCAACGCUGCCAACGACUCCGCUGGUCAAGAAGCCAUGCGAAUGGCUUUCGCCAAUAAACAAAUUCAGCUCAAACAAAUGCGCGACAAAAUAGCCGACUUGCAACAACAAAUGGACGAAAAAAUGGCUGAUAUUGCUAACAAUAAUGGACAACUUGAUGACGUUAGAAAUCGUAUGAAAAAUUUGAGCCUCGAGUGCAAACAAUUGUACAACACCUUCGACACUAAAAGGCUUAAAAUCCUCGAGUUGAGACAAGCUGUGGAGAACUCCGGUGGGGUUGAUUACGCCAACGCUGCGUGGACCGAGAGUGCCUGGGAAUCGGCCGAUGCACAGACAACUGCCACGAGCAACGAAGCGUGGCCAGUCGAUGACACUACUACCAAUGUCGAGGAUGUUCCCUCUGGGGUUGUCAAAUAUCGUGCUCUCUAUGAAUUCGUUGCUCGCAACGAUGAAGAAAUAUCGUUCCAGCCCGGCGAUAUCAUUUUGGUACCACCAGUUCAAAAUCAAGAGCCUGGUUGGAUGGCGGGCGAAAUUCGAGGUCAUACUGGUUGGUUCCCGGAAGCUUAUGUCGAGCCCGUUGAUCCUGGAACCGGAGUCACGAAAUCUUUCAGCCAACAGGACAGUCUCGAAAAAAGACCUCUCGAGGAAAUUGCCGAAGUGCCGGAAAAUGUAUCCGAAGCGGGUUCUCUGGGCGGUGAAGGUCCCGUGGUUGAUACCGUCGUCCCAACGCUGGGUUUCGGUACACCUUGCAAUUUCCAAGCAACGACUUUGUACCAGUAUCGGCCGAGCAAUCCUCAACAUUUGACUUUCAGCAAGGGCGAUCUUAUAACUGUUCAGGAACAGCAGGACGAUUGGUGGUACGGGGAAUCCGUGACCGGUACAAAAGGCUGGUUCCCAAAAUCUUACGUGAAAGUGAGCGCUGCCGCGAGUUCGGCACCAACGACGACGACGACGACGACGACGACGAACGGUCUCGAUAAUUCUGCAACCGGUGCCUCGGUCCCAUCACAAUCGGGAGAUUAUUACGUAGCUCUUUAUCAAUAUGCCUCCAACGAGCCCGACGAUCUCAGCUUCAACGAGGGUGAAAUCAUCAACGUCAUGAAAAAAGAUGGACAAUGGUGGACCGGCACGAUAGGCGAUCGCAGUGGAUUCUUCCCAUCAAAUUACGUCGGAAUGUGCGACACCGCUGUUAGUCAGCAAAUUACCGAAGAUGCGGCCAUAAACAAAGAGGUGUCAAAUGUAACGGCCGCGCCUGUGACCUCAGCUCAAGCGACCCCGCCGGUGGAAAAAACGGCCGAACAGCUCGAAGACGAACGAGCCGCGGCCGAGGACAGAGCCGAGCUUCCAGAUUUCUCGGCGAUGCAAUCGCAGCAGUACUACAAGGCGCGCGGAAGGAAACCAGAAAUCGUUCAAGUGAUCGCUCCAUAUCAGGCCACCAGCGCUGAACAACUGGAUCUUCAGAGAGGACAAUUGAUCAUGAUUCGAAAGAAAACCGACACCGGUUGGUGGGAGGGUGAAUUACAGGCACGAGGUAAAAAGAGACAAAUCGGUUGGUUCCCGGCUUCUUACGUGAAGCCUUUGACCAGCAGCAGCAAUCGCAGCACUCCGGUGUCUCACGGCUAUCAGGAUUCGCCCACAGAUCCGAACGUUGAACGUGUCAUGGCACUAUAUCCGCACCAGGCUCAAAACGAGGACGAGUUGAGUUUCGAGAAAGGGGACGUUAUAACAGUGUUGGCGAAAGAGGAGGAGGCUUGGUGGCGAGGCACGAUGAACGGAAUAUCCGGAAUUUUCCCCAGCAACUACGUCACCCCCAUGUCAAGUGAAGUCAGCAACGAAUUCGUGAUGUCGAGGCUCGAACCGUCCGAGAGAAAACGACAGGAUUACAUCAAGGAACUUAUCGCUACCGAACAGGCUUAUAUCGAAGACAUGAGACUCGUUCACGAGGUUUUCGAGAAACCACUCCUUCAGAGCUUGGUCCUCACGGUCGACGAGGUCGAAAGGAUUUUCGUCAAUUGGAGAGACAUCAUUGCUUGCAAUGAUAAUUUCUUGAGAACUCUCAGGAUAAGACGAGACAACAGCGAGGGUGAAAUCGUCAGAAUGAUCGGCGAUAUUCUAUGUGAAAACAUUCCACGAAUGUCGGCGUACAUUCGAUUCUGCAGUUGCCAAAUAUCGGCCGCUCACUAUCUCCAAAAAUUGACUGAAACUUCACCAGAGUUCGUUGCCGUUGCUCAGGCCUGUCAACAGGAUCCAAGGACAAAGGGAAUGCCACUGUCGUCUUUUCUCAUCAAACCAAUGCAACGAAUCACCAAAUAUCCUCUCAUUAUUAAUAAGAUUAUGGAACACACUCCCGUCGAUCAUCCUGAUCGACAGUAUUUGCAAGAAGCUCUGGCAAAGGCCGAAGAAUUUUGUACUCAAGUCAACGAAGGCGUAAGAGAAAAAGAAAACAGCGAUCGCCUGGAGUGGCUUCAGAGCCACGUUUCCUGUGACGAUGGCCUCGAAGAACAAUUGGUUUUUAAUUCCAUCACGAACUCAGCUGGACCCCGCAAAUUAUUGCACUACGGCGUUUUACACAAAGCGAAAAGUGGAAAAGAGCUCGUGGCUUUCCUCACCAACGAUUUCCUCCUGUUUGCUCAACCGCUAAAAUCACUGCCAAGUGGACAACAAUUUUCGUUCGAACGGAACGAACAUUCUCGAUUCAAACUGUACAGAAAACCGAUAUUUUUGAACGAACUCUCGAUUCUUGGAGAAUCCGAUGCGAGCGGAAGUGGCCACGAAACGAUGGAAAACUCACUGCGGACGUUGAGACUUUGUGACUCGAAAAGACCGAUUAUUCUGCUGGCACCUUCUACCGGCGAAUGCUCACUGUGGACCAAAAGAAUUACCGAAGCGAGGAAACAGUUUGCCAAAUAUGAGAAGAAUCUCUUGCAGAGGCAGCGUUCGAAACAGGCACAGUUUGGAGCGUGUGGUCGAAUCCUCGUAACAGUGCUCCAAGGUUACAGUUUGAAAACAGCUCCUGCAGUUGGUAAGUGUAACGCAUUCUGCAAAGUCUCGAUGGGAUCGCAGGAGGAGAGAACGAGCGUUGUUCCUGGAACGGAUUGUCCCCUUUGGGAUGCAUCGAUGCAGUUCCAAGUUAAGGAUCUUAUCGAGGAUACUCUUUGCAUCACAGUUUUUGACAAAGGCUAUUACAGUCCGGACGAUUUCCUGGGCCGAGCUGAAAUUCGUGUCGCGGACAUAAUGCGAGACAGCAAAGACGCGUGCGGUCCGAUACAAAAAAGAAUAAAACUGCGUGAGGUUGAGCGCGGCGAAGUUGUGUUGAAGCUCGAUCUGCGUUUGUUCGGUAGUAGGUGAGAGGGAAGGUGAAACUUGGAGGAAUACUGGAGCUCGAAUUCCAAUAUUGCGUGUCUGAGAAUAAGAGCGAAAUUUCGCGAUGCAUGAAAGAGAAAAAAAAAAAUGAAUGAAAGAUUGGGUAUCUGAGGAUAUUCCGGAGACAACCCGGUGCGCGUCCUAUCCCAGCAAUAAAUUAGAGUUAUGUACCAUUCGAGUAUUACGUUGUAGAUUAAGAAAUAAGUGAAAUUUUCAAAGAGCAGGAGAAAAAAAUAAAAUGGAAUUCUUUUCGUAAAUUUACGAAUAAAAAAAAUAGAGUCAAAACGAUUUUAAUCAGUGGACAAAAUUUAUCAUGGACAAAGAAAUUAGCACGUGGGUGCAUAAGUUACAUUCUUUAUGAUAAAUAUAAUAAUAUAUUGUCGAUCGUGAACACACACGUUUAUAUAUAUAUAUAUUUUUUUGUGAAAGGAGAAAAUACACAGAGACUUGAUUUGUGACUCGUACAGACUUAUCGGCAGCUCGCUGUUGCCUCGAGCCGUCAAUAGCUCAAUUAUUCAUUUGUAAUACACUUUAAAUACAUUUUUUGACGUACACAUAUAAAUAUAUCGAUAUAAUAUCUAGUCGCUAAGAGAUACAUUGGUAAAAAUGAGGAAGGCAGCGUUCCAUAACACACAUUCAUACAUAAGCGAAUACCAUUUUGGACAUUUAUCGUAAACGAUUACGAAACAAAGUUUUUUACUUUUUUUUUCUCGUUUCCUUUUUUCUUUUUCAAAGAUUAACUUUGUUUUGAAACUUUUGUCAAGGCGGUACCGCGUACGUACGAGUAUCGGAGGUUACUUUUAAUAAAUGUACAAUAUUGCGAACGACGAUUAAACGGUUUAACGACCGCUCGAUUUCUUUUC